CAAAAACCAAAAGGAACCAAUUGUCAAUUUGUCAUACACAAAGCAAAGUUUAUUACAAUGGCUGAAGAUCCACAAGAUGUCGCUGACCGCGAGCGUAUUUUCAAGCGCUUUGAUGCCAACGGCGAUGGCAAAAUCUCCUCCGCUGAGCUAGGAGAAGCAUUAGAAACACUUGGAUCAGUCACCGGAGAUGAAGUGAAGAGAAUGAUGGAAGAGAUUGAUACUGAUGGCGACGGAUUCAUUUCUUAUGAUGAGUUCACUGAAUUCGCAAAAGCCAACCGUGGUCUAGUCAAAGAUGUCGCCAAGAUUUUUUAACUUUUUUUCGCACCUUUAACCUACCUUUGUUGGUUGAUUUCAUUAGAGUUUUCAAAAAUAUAUUA